GAAGAGGCCCCGCUUUUCGCUCUCUAAAAGAUGCAUCUUACUGUUGCAGUCCUUUGGAUGGUCGCAGUGACGGCGUGGGCGCUGGAGGAAAACAGUGGGAGCGACCUUUACGAUAGACAUUUUCCGCCACUUCAUCCUAAUUGUACUCAGAGUCUUACAGACCUUCUCUUGCUGCGCCAAGAAAUCCAACUGAAAGAACUGAAGCAGGCCGAGCAAGUGUCUGCAGGGAUCCUGAGGGAGAUGGCGGACAUCUUGACUGAUAUCAAAGGUUCCUUGACGCGGAACAACACGUCUACAGGAAUAUCCUGUCCAGGCAACUUCAAAAACUUCGGGGAAACUUGUCUGUAUCUUGCUAAGGAUAUCGAAAUAACUUGGGAAGCAGCUCUGCUCUUCUGUCAAGACUUGGGAGGAGAUUUGGCCGUGUUCCGAGACGCUAAUGCAUUUGCAAAUGCUCUUGGAUACGUUAAAGCUUCAGGCAUUGCAAAAACAGCAAAUGUCUGGGUGGGCGGAAACGACCAUACGGUAGAGGGGGAAUGGAGAUGGGUGUCCGGAGAAGACAUGCCGAGAGGAACGCCCUUUUGGGGAGAUUAUAAUUACGUUCGUGAACCAGCUCAAGGUACAGCCGGAAACUGUGCCUUCCUUCAUGGCCCUGAUGACUUCUUGAUACACGAUGUUCCCUGUGACUGGAAAGUCAUCCCUCUCUGCGAAAUCGGCGUUUCAAGAACGGGCUAGCGGCAAGCAGACGCAGGUGGGUCGCUGCUUGUUCACAGUCACCGAGUUCAACAGCGCAAACGAAUUGGAGUUCUCUUCGCCGCUAAACCACCAGUCCGUGUCAUGGCAUCUCGUUAUGCGCCCACAUUCAAGGUCUUGUCAUAAAGAAGGGUCGAACAUGUAUCCAAUUGUUGUGUGUUUUAUCUGUACUUAUGCUAUAAAUUAAGAAAUAUCUACAUAUUUCUGCAUGUUUAUAUACAUACCAUGCUUGUAUCAUGUUCACUGUCUGAGGUCAAUCUCACUGUAUUAUGACAAGCCACGUCCAAGGAGUUAAUAACGUAGGCUUAAUGUAACGAAGAAUAGAUUGAUAAUUUUUUUUGUUUUUUCUCUUCUUAUUGUGGUUGUGUUUCAUAAUAAAAGUACAUAAAUCAGUAAGUAAUUAUGUACAUGUAUAUACACGAACAUAUAUAUACAUAUAUAAACAUACACAUAUGCAUAUAUAUACUGUAUAACUAAAACACCGUAAAAACUUUGAAGUUGGUACCUGAAACUAACUUAUACCGGCCGUAAGCUGUUUGACGAGGUCCAGCUUUACGCUUCCCCAAAACGUACGAUUUUUUUCUUGUCAUCUGUUACACACACACAUGUAAGAUAAUGCUCGCUUACUAAAAAAGAAAAUGAAAAUCAGAAGAUCUAAUAUAUAAUAAUCAAUGACAAGCCUCCAGAUGUUGGCAGAUGCGUGUGGUUGUAACAUUUCUUUGGGCGGUGUGGGCGCGGGAGGACGGUAGUGUAGGCAGACUUUACGAUCAACUUCUACUUCAUGCUAACUGUAUCCCAUGUGUAUGCAUACAGAGCAUAGAUACGUGUUUAAGAAUGUGUGUGUGUGUGUGUGUUUACCUACAAAUGAUCUUCUGCAGGGAAAUUACAUGCAAAGCCGUGCGAAACUAUCUUUUUCUGUACCCCCCGCCACCGUGAAUAUGAAAUAUAGAGAUACAAAAUGUAAACAUUAUAUAAAAUAAAUAGACAAUAAAAAAUCAA